AUGAAUGUCUUCUUUGUUUUCUCACUGCUGUUCUUGGCUGCCUUGGGAAGCUGUGCAGAUGACAGAAGCCCCCUUGAAGAAUGCUUCCGAGAACCUGAUUAUGAAGAAUUUCUAGAGAUCGCCAAAAAUGGUCUGAAACCGACAUCAAAUCCAAAACAUGUUGUGGUUGUAGGUGCAGGGAUGGCCGGACUUAGUGCAGCCUACGUACUUGCAGGGGCUGGACAUAAGGUGACAGUUCUUGAAGCUAGUGAACGUGCAGGAGGACGAGUGACCACGUAUCGAAAUGAAAUAGAAGGCUGGUAUGCCAAUCUGGGACCCAUGCGUAUCCCUGAGGGACACAGGAUUAUCCGUGAAUAUAUCAGAAAGUUUGGUCUCAAAUUGAAUGAAUUUUUUCAGGAAAAUGACAAUGCCUGGUAUUUUAUUAAAAAUAUCAGGAAGAGAGUAUGGGAAGUCAAGGAAGACCCCAGCGUCUUGAAAUAUCCCGUGGAUCCCUCAGAAGAAGGCAAAUCUGCUUCACAGCUAUAUCGAGAAUCCCUCAAAAAGGUUAUAGAAGAAUUGAAAAGGACUAACUGCAGCUACAUACUAAAUAAAUAUGACACCUACUCAACGAAGGAGUAUCUAAUUAAAGAAGGAAAUCUGAGCCGCGGAGCUGUAGAUAUGAUUGGAGACUUACUGAAUGAAGAUUCUGCCUAUUACGUAUCUUUUAUUGAGAGCCUAAAAAGUGAUGAUAUCUUCUCUAACACAAAAAGGUUUGAUGAAAUUGUUGGUGGAUUUGAUCAGUUGCCUAUGUGCAUGUAUCAAGCCAUUGCCAACAACGUGUACUUCAAUGCCCAAGUAACCAAGAUACAACAGAAUGCUGAGAAAGUCAGAGUGGAAUAUCAAACCCCAGCAAAGACCUUGUCAGAUGUGACAGCUGAUUAUGUCAUUGUGUGCUCCACGUCAAGGGCCACCCGUCGCAUCUCUUUUGAACCACCCCUUCCACCAAAGAAAGCACACGCUUUGCGGUCUAUCCACUACAGAAGUGGUACCAAGAUCUUCCUCACUUGCACUAAGAGGUUUUGGGAAGCUGAUGGUAUUCAUGGUGGGAAGUCCACAACUGAUCUUCCAUCCCGAUUCAUCUACUACCCUAAUCAUAACUUUACUAGUGGCGUUGGGGUUAUUUUGGCCUAUGUCAUUGCUGAUGAUGCCAAUUUCUUUCAAGCUCUUGAUAUCAAGAGCAUGGGUGAUAUUGUCAUUAAUGACCUUUCAUUCAUCCAUCAGCUGCCCAAGGAAGAGAUCCAGGCCCUCUGUUACCCCUCAGUGUUUAAAAAAUGGAGCCUGGAUAAGUAUGCUAUGGGGUCUAUAACCACAUUCACUCCCUACCAGCUUCAAGAUUUUAGUGAACCACUCGCUGCACCUGUAGGUAGAAUCUACUUUGCAGGAGAGCAUGUUGCCAAAGUUCACGGUUGGGUGGACAACACAAUUAAGACAGGGCUGACAGCAGCAAGAGAUGUGAAUCGUGCAUCUGAGAAGCCAUCAAGAAUCCAUCUGAUCAGCGACAAUCAAUUUUAA